GGAUUAGACCUCUCCCGACGAAAGCUACCGAUGCUGACGAAGUUUCAUCGGGAGAGAUCUAAUCCGGCAAAUUUCGCCGGGAUAGACCUGUUCCGACGAAUAGUCGUCAGGAGAGAUUUAAAAAAUCAGCGUAGGCAGCCUGGGCGAGUCAGGGAGGCACUAGGAGGGUCUGGGCUGCCCUAGGCGGCGCCAGGCGGGUCUGAGUGCAGGGUGGGUCUGGUUCUUUAAGGUUUAGGGUCUGAGUGCCAGGGUGGGUCUGUCGCGUUUUUUCCAGCUCAUCUUUAGCAAGUUUAAACUUCCUUGGAAAUGGGGUCUGCAUAUUUUUGUUCCUUCUCUUCUUCCCUCUAUAAAUUAAAUUGGCUUCGCUUCUGCUGAGCCACAGGCUGUUUCUGGGUUCUGCAGAUUGUCCUUCUUUGACUGCCUAUAAUUAUACUGUGGGGAGCACAAGUCUACUUUUUGAUGGUCUGGGAUUCUACACAUCAAUGCAUCCACUGGCUAGCUAUUUAUAUAAGUCACCGAUUUAUUCAAUUUAUAGGUUGACACUACCAUUACACGGUUUACAAUUUGCUUGGAGAUUGGCAAUUUCGUGUUGGAGAAGUUCUGUCGUGUACGUUAGAUGUGCUCAUCUUCGAAUUUGUUACGUGUACAUACUCUUCCAGCACCUAGUUGUUCUCUUCAUGUUACUGGAUGAAAUUCUUAGUUGCUUGCAUAUUUUUCGGUGUUUCUUAACUAUGCCAGUGUAUGAGUUUGAAGUCCAGUUGAUUCUACCGCUUUCUGGGUGGCUGGUUUUGCUUCCUUUGCAAAGCAAGUUGAAAAUUGGGGGGUUUACGAUGAAUAUAGUUUGGCUCUUGGUGUUGAUGGUUUUCUAUAAUGUGGUUGCCUCAAAUGGAGGUAGCACGAAUGUCUCUACAAGACCAGAAUUUGUAAAUGUUGGGGCUGUUUUCUCUUUCAAUUCCAUUGUUGGCAAAGUUGCUAAAGUGGCAAUAGAAGCUGCCAUUGAAGAUGUGAAUUCUGAUCCAGCUGUUCUUGGUGGAACUAAGAUGAUAGUUAAAAUGCAAGACUCAAAUUACAGUGGAUUUCUGGGCAUCGUUGAAGCCUUACGGUUCAUGGAGAAGGACACAGUGGCCAUAAUUGGACCUCAGAAUGCUGUCACAGCUCAUGUAAUAUCUCAUAUUGCAAAUGAGCUCCAAGUUCCUCUAUUAUCAUUUUCAGUAACGGACCCCACCCUGUCUUCACUUCAGUUCCCAUUCUUUGUUAGAACCACCCAGAAUGAUCUGCAUCAAAUGGCUGCAGUAGCCGCAAUGAUUGACCACUACGGAUGGAAAGAGGUAAUUGCACUCUAUGUUGAUGAUGACUAUGGGAGAAAUGGGAUUGCUGCAUUAGGGGAUAUGCUUGCUGAGAGACGUUGUAAAAUCUCAUACAAAGCACCUUUGGUCCUUGAUCCUAACCAGAGUAACAUCACUGAUUUACUGGUUAAAGUGGCUUUGACAGAGUCUCGGAUUAUUGUUCUUCACGCUUAUUUAUCAGUUGUGCCUCCAGAAUACACAAAGCCACCAAACCCUUCUAGUUCAAAUGAAAGCCUGUACGGCGUAAUUUGGCCUGGACAAACAACACAGAAGCCUCGUGGUUGGGUAUUUCCAAACAAUGGAAGGCACUUGAACAUUGGAGUCCCAAAACGCGUUAGUUUUCGUGAAUUUGUUUCAUACGCAGAAGGCAAUGACAUGUUCACUGGGUACUGCAUCGAUGUUUUUACUGCUGCAUUGAACAUGUUGCCCUAUGCUGUUCCAUACAAGUUUAUUCCUUUUGGUGAUGGCGUUAAGAACCCAACAAGCACUGAACUUGUGCACAAAAUCCAAACGGGUGAAUUUGAUGGAGCAAUAGGUGACAUUGCAAUCAUCACCAACCGAACAAGGAUGGCAGAUUUUACACAGCCAUUUAUUGAAUCUGGGCUAGUAGUUGUUGCACCUGUUAGGACAACGUUGAAUUCUAAUCCUUGGGCUUUUCUGAGGCCAUUCAAUCCAAUGAUGUGGGGCGUCACGGCUGCCUUCUUUCUCAUUGUUGGAACAGUUGUUUGGAUUUUAGAGCAUAGGUUGAACGAUGAUUUUCGGGGGCCUCCUAAAAAACAAAUUGUCACUAUUCUGUGGUUUAGCUUUUCAACUUGGUUCUUUGCCCAUAGAGAAAAUACAGUCAGCACCCUGGGUCGCUUAGUACUAAUUAUAUGGCUGUUUGUCGUUCUUAUAAUCAAUUCAAGCUACACUGCAAGUUUGACCUCAAUCCUUACAGUGCAACAGCUUUCUUCCUCCGUCAAAGGCCUUGAUACUUUGCUUGCAAGCAAUGACCCCAUUGGCUACCAGCAAGGUUCAUUUUCCAGGGGUUAUCUAACUGACAAACUCAACGUUGAUGAGUCCAGACUCGUUCCCCUUAUCAUGCCAAACGAUUAUGCUAAAGCCUUGAAAGACGGUCCCCAAAGAGGUGGUGUUGCUGCAGUGAUUGAUGAGCGUGCAUACAUUGAGCUAUUCCUCUCAAGCAGAUGUGAUUUCAGUAUUGUAGGUCAAGAAUUCACCAAAACCGGUUGGGGAUUUGCUUUUGCAAGGGACUCACCUUUAUCAGUGGACAUGUCUACUGCUAUUUUGAAGCUGUCAGAGAAUGGGGAUCUACAAAGGAUCCAUGAUAAAUGGCUUAUAAGCAGUAGUUGUGCCUCACAAGGCGCAAAGCUAGAAGUUGACAGGCUUCAACUUAAAAGCUUCUGGGGCCUCUUUGUUCUUUGUGGUUCAGCUUGUUUUCUUGCUCUGAUUAUAUAUUUCAUCAAUAUGCUGCGCCAGUUCAGCAAGCACUACACUGAGGAAGUGAUUUCUGCCGGCAGCUCGACGUCUGCACGUCUUCAAACCUUUAUUUCAUUUGUUGAUGAGAAGGAAGAGGAAGUAAAAAAUCGAUCCAAAAGACGGCAAAUGGAAAGGAUGUCAAAUAGAAGUGCAAGUGAAGAUGAAUCUAUGUACAAUUCCAAAAGAAGACAUAUUGAUCAAUCAUCUUGAAGAAUGAGUCUUGAUAAUGGUAAUAAUGCCUGAUCAGAAGUUGUGAUUCGGAGCCAUCCCACACCAAUUAUAACUUCAUGGGUCGUCUUCUGAUAUGAAUUAGGUUAGAAGCUUAUGUAUACACAGCUCAUGUCAUUAUGUAUUCAAUUUCACGCUGCAUUACUCUUUUAUGGGAAUACUUUGACAAAGCUCUUUGUGAAGUAUACCAAUUUUUUUAAUAGAAAGAUGAAGAAAUUCACUAA